AUGGCCUGGCUGGGCGCGCUGCUCCUGGCCGCCGCCCUGGGCGCGCUGCUCAGCUUCGCACUGCUGGCGGCCGCCGUGGCCAGCGACUACUGGUACGUCCUGGAGGUGGCGGACGCCGGCAACAGCACCGGGCGGGCCGCGCGGCUGUCCUCGCACUCGGGGCUCUGGCGCGUCUGUGAAGGGCAAAACAGCUGCAUCCCCCUGAUCGAUCCCUUUACCAGUGGGAACCUGGAUGUCCCCACCUCAGUGCAGCACCUCAUCUCCCUGCACCGAGCUGUCAUGGUGACCCUGCCCCUGAGCCUCGUCCUCAUCGUGUGUGGCUGGAUCUGUGGCCUCUUGGGCUCCCUGACACGGAGCGUGGUCCUCCUCUUCUUCACCGGCUGCUACUUAUUGUUAGGAGGUGCCCUGACCCUGGUAGGGGUCAGCGUCUACAUCAGCUACUCCCACCUGGCCUUUGCCGAGACCGCCCGCCAGUACGGCCCCCGGCACAUGCAGGACAUCCGCAUCAGCUUCGGCUGGUCUCUAGCCCUGGCCUGGGGCUCCUGCGCCUCCGAGGCGCUCAGCGGCUUCCUCCUGCUCGCAGCAGCCCGUGCCCUCAGCCUCAGCCGGCAGCCGGGGCCCCCACUCUGUGGUCAUCUGAGUCCCAGAGGGGCAACCCUGGUGUGCCAUGCUGUCCUCUUUCCUGGGGCCCCGGGGCAGGUGCAGGAGCUGCCCGCUGUGCUGGGGAGGAGGGAGUAUGCAGGAGGCACUGUGGGCUUGCUGAAGGAGCGCGGGUGGAAGGCUUCCCCUUGA